AUGGAAAAUGUUGAUUCAUCGACUUUAAUCGAUAAAUUCAAUAACAACGAUGAUUAUGUUUGUAUCUUUUGUUCCAGUGAUUUUCUGAAAAAACAAAAUACUGAUGAGUGGAAUGACAAUUUGUCGCGUUUCAUUGAGCAACGACAGCUCCGCCCAGAUUUACACCUUAUUUAUGCGUAUUUCUCAUACUCUACUCAUGAACUUUCAAACACGAUGAUCAUCGCUUCCAAAGAAUCAGUAUCGACUCCCAAAUCCACUCGAAAAGAUUAUUCCACAAUGAACAUUCUUCUAUAUGAUGCAUGGGGAAUUGGAAAAUCCACAUUUAUCAAUGCUCUUGCCAACUAUUUUCAGUUUGAAACGAUCGAUCUAGCGGUAUUAGGAGAACCAUUUGUUUUCAUUCCCGUUUCAUUUCUAAUGACAAUCAGCGAUCAAUUUGAGGAGAAAUUAAUCGAGUUAGGCCAUGAAGAUUCCAACGAAAAACGCAACGAUGAAGUGGAUGAAAAUCUCCAACGUAUCUUUUAUUAUUUAUUGCAGAACUUUUCACACUUAAAUGCAUUAUGCAUCCUAUUGAAACCAAAUAUGAAUAAAUUAGAUCCGUCACUACGAUCAUCACUACUACAUAUGCUCCAAUUCUUUGGUAGUGACUUUUAUCCAAAUGUUUUCUUUUGCUUUACCAUUAGUGAUGCUGGUCCUGUUUUAAGAAAGUUUCUUCAUCCAAUGCUGGAAACCGUUCGAAACCUUAUAUUGAACGCCGAACAAUCUGCGAAGAGCGUCGUUCGAUUGAAAUCAAUGCUUCUCUCACCAUCUAUGCACAUCUGUUAUAUCCUAGAUCAACCUUGUCAAAAUUUCGAAGGAAUUCAAAUUAUGUCUGAUGAACAACUACACCCAACGAUACGUGGCGAAUGUAAAAAUGAGCAUUUAACCACGAAGUGUCGUUUUGAUUACUGUCAUGGCAUUCUGCCAUGA